AUGGUCAAAUUCUUCAGUUGCGACUAUUCAUACGAUUACGGCUUCAGCGCUGUCUCCUUAGCUUACUUCCUACGAUAUCCCAAUCCAUACAGCCGACAUGUAGUAUCUACGGAUACCAUCAGUCGAUCAUAUGACCCCGAGACACAGCGCUUGACUACAGUCAGGCUACAUGUGAAGCGUAGCCGAAUUCCACCGGCAGUCCUCAAGUUCCUUCCCAGUGGUUCCGCGAACGAGGAUGGCAGCACAAACAGCUUCAUUCUCGAGACGAGUGUCAUCGAUGUGAAGCAGGGGUGGUUAGAGACGGAAAGUAAGAAUCUUGACUGGAACAACAUUCUUUCUGUCAUCGAACGCCACUCCUAUCGCCGACCGAUGGACUUUAACUCAUCUGCGCCACACGAGUCUCGCACUGACGUCUCUGUCAGCGUCACCUUGAAGAGCAGGAUCGGCGAACAAAUUCGGAAACAACGACAAAGAUGGGGUCAACAAUCGACAGCUGCAGCGCUAAAUGAUGAAGAUGGGCCAGUGAAGCAAAGCUGGCUGGGUAGCUGGACAUCGGGUGCGGUGCGCUUGGCAAUUGAGAAUAUCGGUCUCCAGAGAACUGAGAAGAGCCAGCCAAAAGCUCAGAAGGGCAUGUCGGUCGUUCUGGCGCGACUGCGCAGCGGCGGUUGGCAAGCUGCUCUUGAAGGCAUGCAAGCAGACCGUGAGCUGGCCUGA